AUGUUGGUUCACACUUACUCGGCCAUGGACCGUCCGGACGGGCUGAACGGCGGCGCGGGCGGAGGCCGUCUGUCCCAGCUGUCCACGCUCAACCAGGCGGCGGCGGCGGCGGCGGCGGCGGCGGCGGCGGCCUACUCGGCGGCUCCCCCGCUCUGCCACACCCCGGCCUCCGACUUCCAGCCGCCCUACUUCCCGCCGCCCUACCCGCAGCCCCCGCUGCCCUACGGCCAGGCCCAGGAGCCGGGCUUCCCGCACCUGGGGGACCCGUACGGCGGCAUCGCGCCCCUCCACCAGCACCCGCACCAGCCCCCGCACCCGCAGCCCGCCUGGGCCUCGCAGCGCGGCCGGCAGGACGAGCCGGGGCUCCUGGCGCAGACCCACCGCGCCCUGGGGCUCGACCCCCGGAGGGAUUACCCCGGGGUCCCCCGCCUCCUGCACGGCCUGCCCGACGGGGCGCACGGCCUCGCCGACGGGACGCUCGGCCUGCACGGGCUGGCCGCCCACCACGGGCUCGACGACCUCCAGGCGGUGGACGAGGCGGGCCUGAGCCUGCUGGAUCAAUCGGUCAUCAAGAAAGUGCCCCUCCCUUCCAAGGCCAAUGGUGGUGCCAUCUCGGCCCUGGCCAUGAACAAAGACAGCUUGAUCGGAGGUGUCACCAACCCCAACGAAGUCUUCUGCUCCGUGCCCGGCCGCCUCUCCUUACUCAGCUCCACCUCCAAGUACAAGGUCACGGUGGGCGAGGUCCAGCGGAGGCUCUCGCCGCCCGAGUGCCUCAACGCCUCGCUUCUGGGGGGUGUCCUCCGAAGGGCCAAGUCCAAGAAUGGCGGGCGCUGCCUACGGGAGCGGCUGGAGAAGAUCGGGCUGAAUCUGCCGGCGGGCCGCCGCAAGGCUGCCAACGUGACGCUGCUGACCUCGCUGGUGGAGGGGGAAGCCGUGCACCUGGCCCGGGAUUUCGGCUACGUGUGUGAGACGGAGUUUCCUGCCAAGGCCGCGGCCGAGUACCUGUGUCGCCAGCACUCGGAGCCGGGGGAGCUGCACAGCCGCAAGAACAUGCUCCUGGCCACCAAGCAAAUCUGCAAGGAGUUCGCUGACCUGAUGGCCCAGGACCGCUCCCCGCUGGGUAACAGCCGCCCGUCGCUGAUCCUGGAGCCCGGCGUCCAGAGCUGCCUGACUCACUUCAGCCUCAUCACCCACGGCUUCGGCGGACCCGCCAUCUGUGCCGCCCUCACGGCCUUCCAGAACUACCUGGUGGAGUCGCUCAAGGGCCUUGACAAAAUGUUCCUCAACAGCACGGGCAACGGCCACGCGGCCGGGGACUCCAAAGCCUCAGACAAGGACGUGAAGCACCGGAAAUAGCCCUGCCCGGCCCCGCGCCCACCCCACCGACCUCCGGCGGCGGGGAGGGGGCGGCUCCCGCUGCAGGGCUGGGAAAGCAAGGAAGAGACCCCCUUCCCAGCUCCCGGGUCGCCACGAUGGUCCGCCGCCCCAGGCACGGGCUGAAAGAGGCCACUUAGUGGCUUUAAGGCCUUGAGUGGGAAAGGAACUUCGAGGCUGGGACCUCCAGAAAUGGCUCGGCCUUGCUCUCCCCUUGGGGUAGCUCAUCUGUCCCUGGAGGGGGCGGACGGACCCAGGCGUCCCGCGUCGCACGUGCAAUUUCCCGGCUCCCACGCCUCCCUCUUUGGGGCCGACGUGGUGGAUUCUGAAGCGGGGCCAAGCACCACGAGGAAGGCGGAAAGGGGAGGCCCAGGCGGCUUUAAACUGAGGCGGGACUGCCCGGCCUCGGACGACCCCUGACCCUCAGUCCGAAUUCGGGUCAUCUGGAGGCGGAGGAAGCCCUCGUGGGAGAAGAGACCCCGGUUUACAGAUCCCAACCAAUGGAGAGAGGGGGCGCACCUCGUCUCCCCUUCUCUCAGAAUCCCCAGGGGGUGGGGGCGGGGCUCCGAGUCCUAGAAGCCCCUUCCCACCCUCCCCCGCCCCC